GUGCUUCGCUCGCAUGCCGCUUUCUAUGGGUGCUAUAUCGCCCGUGAGGUCAAAACAUGGGAGAACUCCGUCAUCAUCAUAUAUCGUAGCAUCGGUCAAGGCCUCGUCUUUCUGUCCUUGAAUCGGUCGUUUCCCCACCAUGGCCGCGACACGGUAUCCUACGAACGAUCUCCGUCGUCAGGUUGGCUCGCCGAGGUCAAAGGGCCGAGAAAACAAGGAUACGCUAUGCCGCAAUAUUCUCAUAUACGGCAACUGUCGCUAUGAGGACCAAGGGUGCACCUUCAACCAUGAUCAGAACAAGACUUCACCCCAAGCAGACUUUGCCAAAAAGACAUUCAACGUAGACUCUCCAUCAUUCACGCCAUCAAGCCAGCAGCCCACAGCAGCGAAAAAGACUACCCUUUCGUCUCAGGCUGCCAAUGCGGCUCCAUUCACGCCGCGAGGGGUGGGCACGCCGAACCUGCAGCAGACCACCGAAACUUCUGUAUUCAACCCAGCGACGAUCAGGGAGUUCACACCCCAGAACUACGACAUUGGCAACAACAACACAAACGGCGUUGCGCAGGAAAAUGGGUUGUACAACGAUCCAUUCACCGCCAUGGGGUCCUUGGCCACUGGCUUGCCUCCCGCCGGGCAGUUUAACCUCUACGCCAGUGAGCACAAUGCCCUCGCCAGUUCUGGGGCAUCCUUCUAUCCGCAGCACGGGAGCUUCCCUACCGGCCCAAUUCAGCCGCCCAACUAUCACCUUUACCAACCUUUCGAUACCUACCGACAAGAACUUCAGCCAUGGCAGCGGGCAACCUAUGAUUUUUUCAUGCCGGCCAAGAUGCGAGAAGAGCUGCAGAAAAGGAUGUUUGCGACCCAGCAAGUGAUGCCAAGUGAGUCUCUCACUGUCAGCUCUCUCCGCCGCCCUUGCUCUUUGCUCACGCCGACAGACUCCGGAUUGCCCCAGCUCGAGCGCUGGCACUCUCUCUUCCCACUCGACACCAACAACAGAAAGAACACAGCGUCUUUUGGGUACCCGAGUUGGGUAUACAAAGCCCAGAAUAGCCGGACUGGGAGGCACUACGCCCUCAGGAGGCUUGAAGGCUACCGAUUGACCAACGAGAAGGCGAUACUUACCGUCAUGAAGGAAUGGAAGAAAAUCAAAAACGCCAAUGUCGUGACGGUGCACGAAGCCUUCACCACGCGAGAAUUUGGCGACAGCUCCCUGAUCUUCGCAUACGACUACCACCCUUUAUCCAGAACGCUGCAAGAGCACCACUUGCAGCCAGCCCAUGGCAAUCGGUACAGACCACCCAGCACCAUACCGGAGAAUGUUCUCUGGGGAUACAUCUGCCAAAUCGCCAACGCGCUUAAGACCAUUCACUCGAACAAGCUGGCCGCUCGAUGUAUCGAGCCCAGCAAGAUUAUUCUCUCAGACAACCACCGCAUUCGGCUGUCUGCCUGCUCCAUCGUGGACGUGGUGCAAUUCGAGAACAACACAAAGUCUCUUCACGAAUUGCAGCAGGAAGAUCUUGUCAAGUUUGGCAGGCUCAUAGUCUCCCUUGCCACCAGCACCCCGAUCGCACACUUGAACAACAUCCCCGUGGCGCUGGACUCUCUUGGCGCAAAAUACUCGGCAAACAUUAAGGACGCCGUGGCAUGGCUCAUAGCGCCUCCGAAUUCAGGCGAGUCCAAGAGCAUAGAGAACUUCAUCAGCGGCAUCGCCACUCACAUGACAACCUUCUUCGACCUCGCCCUGCAGGACAACGACGAGAAACAAUUCCACCUUGCCAGGGAGCUGGAGAAUGGUCGGGCUGCCCGCAUCAUGAUGAAACUGAUGACGAUCCUCGAGCGGGGUGAUCUUGGUGCCGUGCAAGGUUGGUCCGAGACGGGCGACCGGUACCAGCUCAAGCUCUUCCGCGACUACGUCUUCCACCGGGUCGAGGCUGACGGAAAACCCAACCUAUCGCUCGGGCACAUACUGAGCUGCCUGAAUAAGCUCGAUGCGGGCAUUGAUGAGAUGGUCGUCUUGACCAGCCGGGACAACGAGACAGUCUUUGUGCUCACCUACCGAGAGCUCAGGCAAAUGUUUGAUCGCGCGUUUAAUGAACUCGUCAAACACAGCAAGACCGGCGCUCCGGGCGCGAACAACUAGGCGGCGCGCCCGCUGCGGCGUCGGGUUCCAAGGCGACCUCGCCCGACGAGGAGUGAUCCAGCGACGAGUUACAGGGCUGGGUGGUUUCCGGUAGGGUACUACCCUCCAACGGUUUUGC